GAUUUUAAAUCGCAACUGUUUUUCUUUUUUUUUAUAUAUAUUAUUGUUUUGUGUAUAUAUAUAUAUAUAUAAAUAUAUAAAAAAAAAUACUUUGUUGAUAAACCAUUCGAUGUUCUACGUAUUUUAUUGCUAAUUAUUUCUCAAAUUCCUGUUUCGUUAUGCGCACGGUGCUUCGAUGAUUCUUGUCGCUUAUAAAUUAGCGGCAGCGUGUGAGACUGUGGCGGUAGGAAUUAUCGAAGGACUUCGCGUUGUGUCUUUUCUUCAUUGGUAGCAUGACAAUAGAAGCAUAUCCGUACAAUCGACCUAAUAAAUGUUUUUUUUCUCUCUUUUUCUCUCUCUCUCUCUCUUUUUUAAACGAAAAAAAACCGAGGAAGAAGAAGAAGAGGGAAGAGACACUAUUGGAUUGGGAAUGUUUCGAAUACGAUUUUCGUUCGGAUCGGUGUGUUUAACGGUUUCACAAGGAAAUGGCCUAGAUACGUGUGUCAGUUUCUAAAAACGAAUUCUAGCUAUACUUUUCUAUCGAUUCUUUUUAUACAAUUGAAAUUGUCCGUACGUUCUCAAAUCUGAUUAGUUCAGUAACAGUGCCAUUGCUCGAUCUAUUUCUGCCCCGUUCCAAUGUAAGAAAUAUUGAUCCAAACGCGAGGAUGACAAAGUAUAAUCAAUUUCCCAAUAAAGAACAUUGGCCAGCCGGUAAUGGGUGUUACUUUCUUGGUAGAUUGUAAUUAUACCAAGAUCGAGAAAGGUUUAUAUACAAAUAAGAUAAUACUGUACAUAACAACUGUUGAUAUAAUCUUACUACCCAUGUAAUAGUCAUUAUAUAAAAAAAAUAAAAAUUAACUUAACGGAAACGCCUUUUACUGUCUUCACCUGGGUGUCCAUAUUUAAUCAUAAUCGAUACAGAGAAAACACCUAACCAUCAAGCUCACUGAUCAUUCAUUUCCUUCUUUUUCUUUUCUUUUCUCCCAUUGCUACAAUGUCAGCCCGAUCAGUGAAGUAAACGGUCAACUGAAAAAUUGAUAUAACCAGGAAACGUUUAUCCGUAUCAAACCACAAUAUAGAAUCCAUCAUCGAACAUUACCUUUAGAUUUAUUCUCAAUGAUCUCUAAAACAAUUGAAAAUUUCCUUCGAAAUCUUUGUCGACUACCUUUUAUCUAUGUGUUCUCGAUAUACACCCGAAUGUAGCCCCGCAUUACAGUGUCCGAAUGAUUUCUUUUCUAGUUGCAGCUGAUAACUCGUGCAACGCGAUAACGUAAUGCCGGUCGAUUAAGAAUUCCCCGCGAGGUACGAGCGCAAUGUAUCAUCGAUGAAGAAGCUGAAAAAAAAAUCGGAGAACCCGAUCGCCGGGCAGCAUCAGCAGCAGCAGCAGCAGCAGCAAGUGGGCAAGACAGCGGCAGGUGCGCCGAACGCGGCAACCGGGGAUGCGUCGCCCACCCGCGUCUGCAGGGACUUCCUGCGGAACGUCUGCCACAGAGGGAAGCGUUGCAAGUACUUGCACGAACGGUCCGACGACGACCCCGUAGACGAGUACACGUUCUGCCACGACUUCCAGAACGGGAUGUGCAACUGGCCCGGCUGCAAGUUCCUCCAUUGCACGGAGAGCGAGGAGAAACGGUUCAGAGCGACGGGUGAGCUGCCCGCCCACAUAUUAACUAGGCUGAAAAACAACAAUGAGAAGUCCGAGUACCCUAUGUGCAAAGAUUUCAUCAAGGGCAGCUGCCAGCGGAGCAACUGCAAGUUCAGGCACUGGAAGAGCGAGGAGCCGCAGCUGAACUUGAUCACGGUCUCUCAUCACAGCGCGUCCAGGCCGCAGCACAAUUUCAAUGGUGCCAGUAACGGGGAGAACCGUAGAUACGAGGAGGAUAGGAACUUUCACUGGCAGAUGGAAGAUCAGCACAACUUAGUGACGAAUAAUAGCUACAACGCGUCUUCGCAUCCUCCCGACUACAUAGGACCUCCCGAACCAAAGAGACGAAUAGUAUCCGGUGAAACCGUCGUUCAUUUUGAAGCUUCGCCGCUGGUGGGUCAACACGCGGCACAGCAGGUUACACCAGGGUAUUAUUAUCCGGUGAUACCGCGGAACGAAGCUAGAGCGAUUGUUUUGGAGGACGAGAACGCGCUGCUACGGAAGAAGAUAGAAGAAUUGAAGAAGCAGGUUAGUGACUUGACAGCGACUAACGAGUUUCUCCUGGAUCAAAAUGCCCAGUUGAGAAUGUCUGGGAAGCGGACUGCCAAUGUGACUGCUGUUACGGUUCCGGCAGUUACAAUUACAAACACCGUGCCACCGUCUCAAGCUCCAACGCCGCAACAAAUGGUGAACGCAGCGGUAGCAGCUGGGACGCUGCGUACAGUUACCGCGAGUGUUGCGACUGUACCUGUAAGUAUAGCCACAGUUGCACCUGUUUCUAUUGCAGCGGUCUCGAUGGCACCGGUAUCCAUACCGCCACCCAUCGUCACGAUGGCUCAGCAAACGAUCACGAUGAGCGGUUCGGGUCCGCAAGCGACCAACCAACAGCCACCGAACACGCAGCAACCAGCCAGUUUGCCUCUGUCGAUAUCCGGCGCGACUGCACCGCUCGUUUCUUAUCCCAUCAUGACUCAAGAACUUAGGCCCGUGUUGCAGUAAAUUCUAGGCGAGAAAGGAACAUCAAUUGAAUACCUCAAUCACGUCGACGAGUCAAGGAUGCUGUUAUAUACACUGCAUUCAGUCUUUCAAAUUAUUAACGUCGUAUUUCUAUUGUUUCUUUUGAAUAUACACGGUAGACGUAUAAAAUAGAUAAUGUCUACAACCGAUCAAAAGCAUAUACUUUAGUGAGAUCCACUACUGAGAAUAUCACAAGUAAUUAACGAACACUACAUCCAUAGAUCAUUGCAUAGGGAUUCGUAGAAAUUUAUCGUACAGGACAAACGUAACGAUCAUGACUGUUUUUAGCAGUAUGACUUUAAUGAUAUUAUUCCUCGUUUGAAGCCCUUCUUCUCACAUACAGUAAUUUUGUUCCUUCUAGUGUUUCUGUCGUAUAAAAAGGUAAACAUUGUCUAUAUUAACGUGUGCAACGUAAUGAGUGUCCAAAGUGUGUAUAGAGUUAGACUAAUGAGAAUUCAGAUCUAAAACCACGUGAGAAACGGUGGAAAAUGAUAUUCUCCUAUUCUUUUUUAAUGUCUUAGCAUCAACAGAGAAUACAAAUAAUUUUGUAGGUAAUUUUUUGUAUCAUUAAAGGAAAUGAUAAUCAGAUGCUAAUAAAGAAGAAAAAUUGUAAAUUACAUGAACUUAGAUAAGAAGCUAUUUGUUUAGGAUAACAUGUUAACGUAAGUACAAAAUAGGAUGAAGUAUGUAAAUGAAAUAUAUUAAAAGUUCAAAGGUUAAGGUUUACCGCUGCGUUGAAAAUAGUGGUGAACCUUACGACUGUUCUGUACGCAAACGCUGUAAAUAGUAUUCUGUUGCUUCCUUGUCCUCUCGAAAACAUUUUUGUACUUCCAUUUUUAAUACAUAAGUUAUAAGAUAAUUAUAUUUUCAUAAAUUAAGUACUUAUUGUGGUCUUUUGUGUUUUUACAAUUUACUUAAAUAAAACGGUUUUGGGUUCAGGUAAUGACAAGUAAGGAAUAGAAAAAGAAUUGAAACCUGACCCAUAUAAAAUGUAAUGAUCAGGCACGCGGACCUGUAAUGUGCAUCCUAUAAACCAAAUAAACGUAUAACUGUUUUUAAGUCAUGUUAUCAGUCAUGGGUUGAUACAUAUGUAUAUAUUUUGCGUAAUUUAGUAUAAGAAAUUUGAGCAAUAAGUACUCCUGUAUUUUAUAUAUGCAUACAAAUGUAUAAUCUUUUAUGUAUAAUUUUACGUUAAUAAGCAUUUUAUUCAAAUGAUAGAUGUCCUUCUUACCUUGAAUAUUUAGCGAAAUAUAAUCCUAUUUUUUUUCUUUUUUCUUUUCUUUCUUUUCUCUUUUUUUUGUAACAAUUAAUAUAGUAAGAUAUUUAUUGAAAUGGGUUUUUAUUUUUUUCUUUAAGCAUUUUAUUUCAUUUCAAAAGUUAACAAAAGGUAAAAUGUACAAUUUCCUGUUUCACUUUGCUUACUCCACCAUAAUAGUUCUAUGAUUCUUUACAUGCAAAACAAUGGUUUUGACAUACGAUACUGUAAGUGACUUAAACGAUUUUAAGCGUAUAUGUAUUUUUCAUUCAAUCCUAUGUAACUCCCUAAAUUGUUCCAUUUUUAAAUUUUCCUAUUUACUAUUAUACAAUCACCCGUCGUAUUAAUUAUUAUGAUCACUUUCAUAUUUGUGUACUGGAUGUAACUAGAUAUACAAAACUUUGUUUUUGUAUAAAUUCUGUAGAACAUAUCUAAAACAAUUAAUAGCACUCUAUUAAUUGAAAUACAUAAAACAGAAGUUAAUUACCAUCUCUUAUUAACAUAAAUAUUUUUCAUUUAGAAAACAAGAUAAAACAUCUGUAUAUCACAGAAUCAUAACUCUUAAAUACUAAAAACAAAUAUAAAAAUAUCUGAGAAAGUAGUACCAUCGGAUUUAAUAUUUUCUAAAUAUGUUAAAAUAGCUGUACAAUAUAUUGAAGUAAGUUAUUGACUUGUAUUGCAUAUGAUAUUUGUAUUGCAUAAACAUGUAAAUUUAUGCUGCAGUUGGUAAUGAACGAACACCUCUGUUUCUCAACCAAUAAACACCUGCCAGUAAAACAGUGCAACAGAAUCCAAUUAGAAGACGCAAUUUCCAAUGAUAUUUGGAAGACUUUAACACAUUAAUGACUCUAAUAACUUGUUCUCUAGUAUCCUUUUCACUGCCAGAAUUUUCAAUGACAAAGUUUGCCAUUUCUGCUUUUUUGUCCAAUGGCAUUUGUGCAGCAAUUCUCAAUUUUGCUUUAGCUUCUGUAAACCCUGUUCUUUCUAUAAGUCGCUGCAACUGUAAAUCCUCCUCACUAAAAUCAAAUACAGAUUUUUUUAAAAGUUUUACAAUAGUUUCUUUUGUACGUAUUAUUUUCAGAAUUUUACCAAGUCACAACAAUUAUUUUAUGCAAAUAAUUCAACAUAUGUCCAGUUUCAAAGAGUAAUGGCAAAUCCAUGACUAUAAAUUGAUGACCUUGUAAAAAGUAUUUAAAUGUUUGCCAGUAUAUUUCUUUGUAUAUAUGUGGAUGUGUUAUGGCAUUUAACUUUUUUCUCUUUUCUACAUUGUUAAAUAUUAAAUCGCCGAGCUUAGCUCUGUUAAGUUCUUUCGUUUCUAAGAAUACUUCUGAUCCGAAUUCUUUUUGUAUUUUGUGCCAUGCUGGUUUUCCUGGUUCCACAACUGCAAUACACAAAU